AUGUCCUUCAAAGAUUUGGAAGGCCAGUUAGCACGUUGGUCGGAAAGACUUCAACAAUACGACUUUCAGGUCAUUUAUCGGAAUGGAAUUCUUCACGGGAAUGCAGAUGCUUUAUCCAGACGACCCUGUAAAAUUCUGUUGCUCGGAUUGUUCUUGGCUGAGGACAAUGGUGAAACCUGGCGACAGGAACAGUUAGAGGAUCCUAGUAUUGCAAUUAUUCUCCAAGGAAAGGAGACUGGGAUCCGUCCUUCUUGGCAGGAGAUUGCAUCCAGAGAUGCUUCUGCUAAGAUUUACUGGUCCUAUUGGGAUUCUUUAGAGCUUAGGAAUGGUGUACUUUACAAAAGGUGGGAGGCACCAAAUCUGAGAGAUUCCAUUGCUCAAUUAGUUGUUCCUAAGGGACGGAUUCAACAGAUUUUGGAACAGGCACAUGAUUCUCCGUCAGGAGGACAUUUUGGGAUCAGUAAAACCUUAGAAAAAAUUCGAAAAAGGUUCUAUUGGGCGUCCUGUAAACAAGACGUUGAAACCAAAUUUGUGACUAAGAAUCAAAGGGAUUGGGAUCGUUGGAUUCCAAUGUAUUUAUUAGCGUAUAGAUCUUCAAAACGUGAAACUACCGGCGUAACACCGGCAGAAUUGUAUUUCGCUCAGGAUCUUAGACUUCCUAUAGAUUUGCUUCGAGGAAAUCCUCCUGUACCGAAAGAACAGUCAAUGGAUAGCUAUUUAGGCAAGAUUAAAAGGAAAUUAGAGGGAAUUCAUGAUCAGAAAACCAGGCGAAUUCAUUUUGAGAUAGAGCAAAAGGUUUGGUUAUACAAUCCUCGAAGAGUUAAAGGUAAAGCUCCAAAAUUGCAAAGCAGCUGGGAAGGACCAUACUAUGUUGUAAAGAAACUCAGUGAUGUCGUGUAUUGUAUUCGCAAGUCAAAUAAGUGUAAAAAUAAAAUUGUACAUACGGAUAGGUUAGCACCUUAUUGUGAUAGACAAGAAGAAAGGGAGUAA